UCCCCCUUGUCAACAGCACCUUUGGCUGACCUUGUAUAUACUUGUCAGACUUCCUGCCCCGCUCCGUCGACAUUGCACCGGAAUUUCGUCGGGCGGGGCUGUAGGCGUGACCAGCGGCCAACGCACAGCAAUCGUGUCUCUCAGCCAGUUCAGUAGGUAUAUAAGGGAAAUCUGGCGGCAUAGCAGUCACACACUCAACUCGGCUCCUUCAGGACAACAGCUCAGAAACCGCCAGGCGCCAUGAAGCUGGUGAUCCUCUCGUGCCUGGUGGCUGCCUCCGCCGCUAGCCUCCUCGGCGGCUCCGGAUUUGGCCUGUUCAACGGAGGAGCGAUCGGCGGCAGCCUCUUCAACAACUUCGGCUACGGAAACCAGUACGGCCUCGGUAACCUGGGAUACGGAAACCAGUACGGCCUCGGAAACCUGGGCUACGGAAACCAGUACGGCCUCGGAAACCAGUUUGGACUCAAUAACUUCGGUCUGCUCGGCGCCCGUGGGAUCGGCCUCGGCUACGGAAACCAGUACGGCCUCGGAAACCUGGGCUACGGAAACCAGUAUGCAGGCUAUGGCCGUAGAUUUGGCUUCCGCAACUUUGGUCUGCUUGGCAGCCGUGGCUAUGGACGCUAUGGCUACUAAUUUUAUUGUUUAAAAGGUCUGGCGUAUAAAUGAUGCUAAAUCAAUGAAUGUGUGGCAGAAUGAACCAGCUGGAAUUCGUAAAUGUUUGUCCUACGUCUGAAUUUGCAUGGAGCACGCUCGAGUGUGCGUGUGUGUCUUUUUGUAAUUGUAUGUAAUAUAUAAGCAACACCAACUUUGAUAUUUUGCUCUGAGCGUGCGGUGCUCGGCUCUCAUGCAUAAAGACCGUAACGUAAAUAGUGCUUCGCUGAACAUAAAUUCGCACCAUGGUCGAAUGCAUAAUGCUAUUAUGUU